UUCCUUGAGAGUCGUUGAUCACUGAUGCGGUUGUUGCUAUGGCGCGCGGAUUGCACUGGGAGUUGAUCCCCACCUCUUUCAAACGUCUUGUUCUCUCGGGAAUUUGGUAAACAAAUAAACUUUUGGGACACAGGGAAGAGCUCAUACCUUUUGUGGCCUGACCACAGCCCGAGAUGUCAGCAGAGAGAGAUGGGGAGCAGCUGAUGUUGAGUGACAUUGAACCCCUGCCUUCCUCUCCUCCUCCUACAUCAUCAUCAUCAUCACCAUCCCGCACCAUUACUCAGCAGCAUCCCCUUAAGGCUGGUGCCGUCCCCUCCUCCUCCGUCCUCUCCUCCUCCUCUGCUCUCGCUCACUCCUGGCCCUCCUCUCCACUCUCCUCUGCGCUGGCGUCCUCGCGGGAGGUCACGGCGCGCCUCUACUCCUCCCUGCAGCAGAGCAGGGAGCAAGGUACCAGUCACGGCCAAGGUCAUGCCAGGGUCGUCGGUCAAGGGGUUGCGCGCUCACUCUCAGAGCUUUCCGUCAAACCUAGGCAGGUGUCAUUCAAGCUCUCCUCCAGCUCCCCAGACGUUAGCCAGAUGAGCUGGCUGGACGCCUCCCCCGCCUUCUCACUGGACGAUGGGCCUGAUCUCACAGCUGAGGACGAGCAGGAACACCAGGAGAACCAGGAGGAGGUGACGGAGGAGGAGGAGGAGCAGGAAGAGUCGACCCUGAGUGUCAACCUCUCCUCUGGGGAAGGAGUCCCCCUGCAGCCCCACACAGGAGGCCUGGGCCUGGGCCUGGGGGGUGGCCUAGGGCUGAGGGUGGGGGGUACAGGGGACAUGAGGGUGGGCCUGGGGCAGCUGUCGGAGGACAUGACUGCCAACCUAAAGACCAGUCUGAGCCACAGCAACAGCUUACAGAGUGGUAGACGACACAUUGAGGAGAUGGAAAAUCUGAGAAGCCACCUGCAGACCAUGUUGAGACCCAAACCUGCCGAGAAACAGGAAGCUCCAGGUCACAUGGGCCAGCCGCUUCAGGACGACUCGUUUGGAAGUGAAGCCACCUCACACCUGCUCAAUGCUCCCCUGUUUGCCUCCACCUCUCCGUCCUUCUCGGUGCCUGGCCUGGAGGAGCUCUUCCCUCGUUACUCCCGUCUGCACUUGGAGCGCAGUGCUCCCCUGCUGCCCUCCUCCUUCUCCUCCUCCGCCUCCUCCUCCUCUAUGGCGGGGGAGACACAGGUGCUGAGGGAAAGCCUGGAACGCGAACGCGCACGCCGCAAGCACUGUGAGCAGCAGCUCCUGUCCCUGCAGAAUAAGACUCUGGCCCUGCAGCAGCAGCUGGCUCUGGCCAUAUCAGCCGACCGCAAGAAGGACAUCAUGAUCGAACAGCUGGACAAAACGUUGGCAAAGGUGGUUGAGGGCUGGCGGCGGCAUGAGCAGGAGAAGAGCGAGGGCAUCAAGAGACUGCAGGAGGAGAAGGAGGCGGCGGAGAGGAACCAUGCCAAACAGCAAGAGGGCCUGGCUGAGUUUGAGAAGUCUCUUUCUGAGGCAGUGGAGGCUUUGGACCGGGAGCAGAAACUCAAAGAGGAGCUGGAGAAGUCUAACAGACGCAUGGAGCAUGAGGUGACCGAGCUGACCCGGCACAUGGAGGAGCUCCGGCAGGAGGGGGAUCGUCUGCGUGCACAGGGGGAGGAGGCGAGCGGCGAGGCGGAGAGGCUGCAACUCCAGGCCCAGGCUUCACAGGCCCAGCUGGAGCAGCUCCGGGAGAGUAGCAGCCGAAGGGACAGGGACCUGCAGGAACAGCUCAGCCAGCGCGCACGGGAACUGGAGACGGAGAGGCUCAGUGUUGAGCAGGCUCAGCAGAGCUGUGAGGAGUUGCGAGGCCGCCUGGCGGAGGAACAGGAGGCCCUGGAGGAGAUGAGGAGGGAGAGAGACGCUGCCAGGGUGGACCGCGCCCUGGACCAGGCCCGUUUUGAAGCGGAGCGUUCUCAGCUGGAGGUGGAGCUGAAGCUGUCAGUGGAGCAGCAGGUUACCCAGAGACUCGCUCUCAUACAGGAAGAGAACGCAACCAGCACGGCCAAACUACGGGAACAACACAGGAAGCAGCUGUUGGACCUGAGCGGUCGUCAUGAAAGAGAGGUGUCAGCCCAGCAGGCGGACUUCAGGACCCAGCUAAAGGAGAGAGACGAGAAGAUGCACACACUCACACAGCAGUAUGACAACAAGCUGUCAUCCAUGCAGGAAGAGCUGGUCUCCAUGGCAACCUGUAAGCGCCGCCUUGAGCACCAGAGGGCGGAGCUAGUGUCUCGUCUGCAGGGCAUGAUGCGCUCCCAUUGGACAGAGGCCCUCAGGCUGCUGGCCAAUCAGGAUCAGUUGGAUGGUGCUCUCUCUCCUCGUUCUCUGUGGGACGGCAUCAAGUCCCACUCCUCUCCCGUGGAAACCAAAAGCUGCAAGAGAGUGGACACAGACAACACACACCCUGCCGUCCCCCAGGCAGUAGUGCUCCAUCUGUCCAGAGAGCGGGAUGGCAGGAUGAGAGGAGAGAGAGAGACAGGAGGAGUGGAGAGAGGAGGAGGAGGAGGAGGAGGAGGAGGAGUGGUGGUAGAGAGUGAUGGCGUCCUGCUGAAUCAGAGUAACGUCUUUGCUCCUCUGGUACCUCAGCUGGACGAGACUGGCCUCACAGGCUGUGGUGACCUGGAGGUGUGGGAGAGUGCCCCAGCGGCGGGUGGUGGUGGUGGUAGUGGGGAGGGGGACUGGGUCGGAGGGAGGGCUCUGAACAGGACCCGGAACAGGACGGGGCAACAGCAGGCAGCCAACAACAUGGCGGAGGACCUGGAGAAGAGCGACCGAGGAGGUCAAAGAGCAGGAGACGCACACACACAACCCAGUAGAGACCCGAGGCAGCCCCAGAACCAGAUCCCUAACAAGAGUCACGCUCACAGCAACACCAGUCAGUCGUUCCACCACCACCACCAACAGCCUGACCCGUUCCACAGCUCCAACCAGUUCAAGAGCCUAAGGCAGUCUCACACCUCAGGUCAACUCCAGAACUCGGGUCAGUUCCAGAACUCGGGUCAGUUCCAGAACUCGAGUCAUCUACAAAACUCGAGUCAGCUCCUCAGCUCCUCCGGACACGGGCAGAAUUCGGGCCAGCCCUUCACCUCGAGUCAGUCUCACAAUUCUCAUCAGUUCCAGAACUCGAGUCAGUUCCACAAUUCGCAUCAGUUCCAGAACUCGAGUCAGUUCCAAAAUCCACAUCAAUUCCAGAACUCCGGACAAGUCCAUUCCUCACAUCAUCAGUUCCAGAACUCAAGUCAGCACCAGAACACAGGGAGUCAGCUCCACCACAUCUCCAUCUCAACCCAGCCACCGCUACCAUCAAGCCAGCACCAGAAGACCUCAGCCCAGCACCAGAACAUGACCAACACGGCACACAGCCGGAAUCAGAAGGCCGGAGUGCAAUCCCAACACCCGUCCCAGGGGGUCCCAGAGCGCCCCAACGGGUCGAGACCACCGAAAUCCAGCGGCCACUUUGGGGGUUGUGGCCCCUCUCUCCAUAACGCCAGCAGCAGCCUGAGCGUCAGCCAGACCGAGGUUAGCUCCUCCUCCCCGGAGCGACUGGCCAAUCACAGCGGCUUCAGCUCGGAGGCCCUCAGCAGCGAUUUGGACAGGGGGCCGCCAAUCAAACACCACGGCGUGUCUUCCUCAAAGGGCCCGAGUGGUCCGGGAUCGUGCUCUUCUACCAGUGCGGACAGGCAGAGCGAGCUGCAGUACUAUAUUUCCAAGCUGCUGGACUGCUCGCCCGGUGACCCUCUGCUGGACGAGCACAUGGCAUCUCUGCUGGCACAGGCGGAGGGAGAGGGAGAGGGAGAGGGAGGACCAGACCUAUUCUCACACACGCACACAAAAUUAAACGCACACACUCGCUCAGAUCCUCUCAGCCAGCUCCUGGCCUCCCAGCCCCCUGCCAGCACACACACCAUGCAGCAGAUCCAGCAGCUCUACACCAAUCUGCUGAGGGCGGAGUAUGAGAAGAACAUGUCGGCCGUUCAGACCAACCUGGACCAGAAGCUUAGCAAGCUGGAGAGGAGUGAGGAGUGCGGUGGACCAGCAGAGGUGCCUGUCCGUCAAGUGGCAUCCCAACGCAGAGCCCCGCAAAAUGGUUCCACCACCACCUCCUCCUCCACCACCAGUACUACACGAGGUCGCAAGGCCGGACCAUGCCAAGGUCACAGGGCUGGGUCCAACAAGGUUACUGCAUGGAGAUGAGGGAGAUUUACAUACUUCUGCUAAGUGUGUGUGUGUGUGUGUGUGUGUGUGUGUGUGUGUGUGUGUGUGUGUGUGUGUGUGUGUGUGUGUGUGUGUGUGUGUGUGUAUGUGUUUUGUGUCUACCAGACAAAUAGUUUACCACAAGGACUGAAGGACUGUAUCAAUGCACCUGUUCAUGUUCAGUGUUUUUUUUAAUUCAUGUAAAUGAAGUGUUCAGAAAUGCUUUGAUGUUUUUAGCUGCUUUUUUGUCGUAUAUUUGUUUGAUUUGACAUUUUGUAUGAGUUGAACAGAGGUCAUUUUUUAAUUACCGUUUGGCUCUCCAUUAGCAUCUUUAUGCUGUCUGUCUAUCCAUUCAAAAGGCUUUAUGAAUUCAAAAUCUAUGCCAUUUGACUGGAAAUGUGUUAUCAACAUCACCAUUUGACGAAAUAAACUGAAAUGGGAAAACUCUG